CGACAUCAUCAUGGCAGCCCCCACGAGAAAGUUUUCAAUGUCAUUGUUUUCGAUUAAUUUCAUUAUUAUUUCUCUAUCCGCGACACAGGUACUUGGUGACCUGGCUUUACUCUACAGUGAAAGUGUCGAAAAUCAAACAAAUGCAACGUUUUGUGUGAUGUAUAAUCCCAACUUCUGGGCAGUACCAGCACUACUUUCAGAUGCUACAAAAUCUGAGCUACUCGACUUGACUCCCUCUGAGGGCUGCCUCCCAUAUGCGUCCUCCUCACUAGAGAAUAAGCAGGUGAUGGUUUCCCGUGGCAACUGUACAUUUGCAGUCAAGGCAACACUUGUGCAGGAUGCAGGUGGCGCUGGUAUCAUUAUUGUCAGUGACGAUGGACUGGUUACUCCACACGGAAAUGCAUCAGAGUACGCCAAUAUCAACGUCACUGUAUCACUGAUCACUGACAUUGAUGCCAAAGAUAUCCAGGCAAUGGGGCCACAUAUUCAGGUAGCAUUGUACGCACCCAGUGAUGAUUCGUUGUACAUAGACUACAGUCUGAUCCUCAUCUGGCUAUUGGCUGUCGGCUGCGUCAUUACUGGCUCUUAUUGGUCGGGAGUCGUCAAGUAUAAAAAGCACGUGGCGGCGCAGAGCGGCCGAGACGAUGAGCGGGAGGCAAGCGCGUUCGAACAUGACACCCUCGAUCUGUCGCCCAAGUUCAUCGUGCUCUUUGUCGUGCUGAUGUGCGGCAUGCUGAUGCUGCUCUAUUUUUUCUACGAUUACCUAGUCUACGUGAUCAUAGCGUUGUUUGGGUUGGCGUCAGCGAUGUCCCUCUUCGUUUGUCUGAGUGCACUGCUGGCACUCAUACCCUGUCCCUUUGUGAAGCAAAGGGUGAUGAUGUGUGGCAAGGCAGUGAGCAUCAAGCUGAUUGUUCUUGCUCUACUGUGCCUUGGUCUCGCCACUUGGUGGGCAGUUGAGAGAAAAACCUUGUAUUCGUGGAUAUUGCAGGAUAUUCUCGGAGUUGCUUUUUGCAUCAACAUGCUGGUCACUCUCAGGCUACCAAACCUCAAGACAUGCACCAUCUUGCUAGUGCUUCUGUUUGUCUAUGACAUCUUCUUCGUCUUCAUAACACCUCUGCUUACUAAGGAUGGGCAGAGCGUGAUGGUUGACGUGGCGACGGGAGGCAGCAGCCGAUCGCAGGAGCAGCUGCCGAUGGUGAUCAAAGUGCCUCACUUCAGCGAUGGCUCGUUCGGCAUAUGCUCACUCUCCUACUCGCUGCUCGGUUUCGGUGACAUACUCGUGCCAGGUCUUCUCAUAUCGUUUUGCCAUGGAUUUGAUCUGCAAACAAAAAACAGGAAGAUCUACUUUGUUAGCACGUCUAUAGGUUAUGGUAUCGGUCUUGUGCUGACGUUUGUCAGCCUCGCGCUGAUGGGCACUGGUCAGCCGGCGCUGCUCUACCUCGUGCCCUGCACGCUGCUGGUCGCCGUCAUCAUCGGAGCCUGUCGUCGCGAGCUCGCUGACCUGUGGAGUGGACAGCCGACGACGAGAGCGGUUCUGAGCACGGCCACGAAGAGUGAGACGCCGCGAGACAUGGAUGCCAGCAGCAGUAGCAGCUGCAGCGAGGGCAGUGACCAGGAGGGCAGCACGAGAGCAGAACACAGAGCCCUCAUCCAGAACUCAUAGAUCACUCUGUCGCACAGCCACUUACGCGCACACGCACGUGUACGUGCACAGGCACGCACGCGCGCAUGUACUGCAUGCAGACUAGACUGAAGUCGGUCGGAUGGUGAGUGCCAGUAACCGUGGCGACGUGCCUUCUUGAUCGCAAAUUGUGCCGCUGGUGUCAGUGGCACCAACCACGUGAAGCGAGGGCUCCGGUUGCCAUGGAAACAGACUGAUGCUUAUGCUUGUCUUCGGCAUGUCGUUCGGCCAGCCUUGUGUUUUUGCUGCACGUCGCGUCGCAGGUGAUUGGUCAGCUCUCAUUGUGGCAGGUUGCAUGUGCGGCAUCAUGCGCUGAACAACAUUCGAUGAUGUUCAUUGACAUUCUAGAAUUUUUUUUCAGGAAAAUUAGCAAAAUUUUUUGUGAAUCAUUGCGAAGGCAAAAGAGUGUCAGUGAUGACUUCCUCAAAAGCAAAUUCGAACGCAUAUAUGCGUGCACGCCCGCACGCACGCACGCAUACCUGCACCACACAUUCACUUUCUAACUUGUUGGCCUGAAAGCUGUGACAGACGGCUUAAUUUCAGUAGUGUGUAGUUAAGAUUAGUGCUAGAUAUAAACAAUAGUCAGAUGAUUUACAAUUUUACAUCCGUUUAUUCUGUGAUCGUUCGGUUUUAAUAAUGAGUUUUAUUGGUUUUGUGGUUUGUUCAAGUCUGUAUAUUAAAAAAGAAACCGGUCUACUCUAGUGUCCUGUGCGUUUGACUAUUUCGUGCAUAUAUAGCGUUUUGCUAGUGGAUGUUGUCGGUUGUUCAAACGUCAGUUAUUGUGGUAGAAGUCAAUUGAAUGUGAUACAUAAAGAGGAUAAUGUAUUCUAGUAAGAAAACGACUGCCCCCCACUAUAUCUAUAUAGGUAAAAUGUAUCGAAAAAAAGAUGGGUCAGGAGAAUAUAUAAAUACUUGUAUAUAUAAUUGCGAUGUGUUACUAAGGUAUGGCAUAGGAAACAUUAAACAUUAUUGUGCAUAUGAUAUAUAUAUAUAUAUAUAUAUAUAUAUAUA